AUCGGGAUCCCCCUCCGUUUCUUCCCGCAGCCAGCCGCGGUUGUCCGCGCGGCGGGGCCGCUCCGCUCCUCCCCGGGUCAGCUGACGGCGGCGGCGGUCCCGUCAUGGCCGCCCGGAGCGGUGCGGCUGAGGCGCUGCUCCUGCUUCUCCUCUGCUUCGCAGCCCUGGAGGGAGCGGCGGGCUCGGAGCCGCCGCUUAAGUGCGAGGAGCUGCGGCUGGGGCAAUAUAUGUGUGAUGAGCCUAAAAUAGACAAUAGCACACAAGAACCAAUGAAUUGCACAAAUCACACAGCAUAUGUUCAAUGUCUGCCAGCACCAAAUAUUACUUGCAAAGAUCACCUUGGCAUAGAGAAAUUCUUUACGGGACGUGAAGUUGGAUUUUACAAGCCUAUUGAGUGUCGCAAUGUAAAUGGAUACUCCUACAAAGUGGCAGUGGCUCUGUCCUUAUUUCUUGGAUGGUUGGGAGCAGAUAGAUUUUAUUUAGGAUAUCCUGCAUUAGGUUUAUUAAAGUUCUGCACUGUAGGGUUUUGUGGAAUUGGGAGCCUAAUUGAUUUCAUACUUAUUUCAAUGCAGAUCGUUGGCCCUUCCGACGGCUCCAGUUACAUCAUUGAUUACUACGGGGCCAGGCUGACCCGCCUCAGCAUCACCAAUGCAACCUUCAGGAAAAUGCAGAGCUAUCCCUAACAUCCCUAAACUCUGCCAGGGAGUGGCACAGAUCCAUAGGUGCAGCUUGUUUUUACAGCUGGAUCCAGUGCUCUGCUGGAAUUGCUGAGGAUUUACUGAUCACCCCUUGUCGGAACGGAACAUUGAAUGCACGGUGAACAAAGAUGAUCAAAUGUGAACGUUCCUCACAAGCUUACCUCAAAGGUGGAACUUUGGGACUGCUCUGUUUCUGGGAGCAGAGGGUUUGUUGCUGAGUUACAUCAUCUGUGAAACGUGCAGACUGUUGCAAUUUGCACUGAUUUGUCUGUAUCAUUUAGAGUGUUACGUAGAGCUGCAGAGAGAGUUGCUCAUAAUAAAUAUGCAGAUAUUUAUUCCACUGAAAUCACUAAGAGUUUUAGCAUGGAUGGGCCAGGAUUACACUUGGGGGUCUGUCCAUGUGGCAGUUUGGAAAUUAACUUUAAACUGCUUUUUUUUCCGAAGCCCUAAAUCUUAGGCUGGUGUAGCCUGUAAAAUUCUGUUAAUUGAAACAAUUAUUUAUUUAAGUUUUGGCCAAGUGCAAAAUUUGGUUAAGUGCUGAUCAACAGUAGAAAUAUGGAUGUGUAAAAAAUAGAACUGUAGAUGACAUAUCACAAAAAGAGGGUGGCUGUUGGGGUGCCCUGAGGUUAAAAAAACAAAUAAUUGUUCUGCUUAUUUUGAUUUUUUUUUUGUUUCCUAUCUUGCAACCACCCAUAGUGAAAUAAAUACCUUUUUCCUCCUGAAAAUGGUGUGUGUGUUUUACAGCUAGAGAGUGUCAAAAGACUGAAUUCUUUGUACUACUAAAGCCCUUAUUAGGCUCUUAUUUUGGGUCAGUUGUGUUUCAGUGCAAUAAAUUCAGUAUCUUUCAAAGCUGUUUGACCAAAAUCUUCUGGACAACCAGGAUUUCACAGGAUGUUCCUUUCAGGAAAAGUAUGUACACACAGACAGAAAACAUGUCAACAAAAUCUUCAUGCUAUUUGACCGAUUUUAAGCGUUGUCUUCACCUUCUAAUGAAAACUGGCACUAACUGAGGGAGAAACUCACACAGUAGAAACUUCAGUGUAAUUUAUUUUUUACAAAAAUUUGGCCUAUUUUUUUUUGUUUUUUCAGGUGAAACUUUCCACCUGUCAUUAAUACAAACCGUAUUUUUAAGGGAAUUCCCAAGAAUGAAAUUCCUAAGUGGAUUUAUGAAAGCACAAUUUGUGGGGUUUAGGCUCUUUUUAACCCACAUUAAGCCCAGUGCACAGAGAGCUUUGUAAAGAAAUCCUGUUUUUAACCCAAAUCAGCAUAACCUGACAUGUCACGUAAUGAGAAUAAACCACAAGGAAUACUUUGUGCUUAACGUUAAUUCUUCCCUUCACGCAAGAAAGAUGUGGUUUUGGAAUCCUUCCUGCCAUGCAUUUUCCUUGUGGGUUCAAAGAGACAGGAACACUCUGUCAGCUCCAUUCCCUUGCCUGAUAUUUGUUCUGUCUCCCUUUGCUCCCUCUCUCACUGAAUGCUCUUUGUGCUCAUCAGUUUUGUUCCCUGAAAUACUUUGAAAAACAGACAGGAAGCGGAUGGAAAGUAGAUGUUUUUAUCAAGUAACAUCUCCUGCCCAAGAUCAUCCUGUGACUUGUCUGCUUUUUGUUUUUCCAACCCUGAAGCUGUGAAAAUAGGAAGAUGUCAUGGGUGUUAUAAUAAAAAAAUAGCCUUGGGCGACUUAGCACACAAGAUUCCAUUCUAAAAUGUGUCUCCAGGUGUUCAAGUAGCAGAGAGCUUGACUUGGUGAUUUCAGAAAUCCAAGUUGUGCUUUGUUAUCUGUAAAAAAAUUCCAGGAGCAACUAUUUUGUGUGAAUGAGGUGAAAAUAGGAUUUUAGUUCCAAAGUCCAUGAGAUUGCUAAUCCCAGAAGCCAAGCAGCCAGCAGAGAGAAAGAGCUGCUGGUCCGAGCUGCAGUGGUUGUGUAGGAAGAGAUUUGUCAGCCAGGAAAUCAGAGCUGCUGUGGGAUCCUUUCCUGCUGUGGGAUCCCUCCUGGCUGUGGGAUUUUUCCCUCCCUGCUGUAGGAUCCCUCCCUGCUGUGGGAUCCUUUCCAGCUGUGGGUUCCCUUCCUGCUGUGGGAUCCCUCCCUGCUGGAUCCCAGAUUGUGAUCCAGGGCUGCUCACACUGGGGCUGUCCCUGCAGCCAGGACACAGCCAUGGGUGACCUCUCUCCCCUUCAGAAGAGAUUCCCUUUGAUCCUCUCUCGUCCUGACAGCUUCCCACCUCAGCCCCAAUCCUCUCCCAUGUUUUAGGAAUGAGUGCCACGGAUUGCUUAACCUUUGGGGAUUUCAUGGGCUGCUGCUGGGGUUGUGUUCUCUAUAUGAACACACAAUAAAUGUUAAUAUAUGUAUAAUAUGUUUCUAUCUGCUCGUUUAGCUGCACAGCUGAAGUGGGGAGAGGGUUAACUGAGCAAGCAGAUAAAGAUGCAGGGCCAGGAGACACUUAGUGAGGUCUUUGUUUUCAUCUUGUAAUUGUCAGAUAUGGCAUGUUUACCAUAAGGGCUGUGAAAAAGUGUGAUGCAAGAUGUAAAGCUGUCCCACUGUGUUAAUAAUAAAUUGGCUGCAGUAAUAUUUA